AUGGCGGAAAGCAAAAGCAAAAGCAAGCAACUCCACCUCACGGCGUUCAUGCGGCCGGUCAGCCUGCACACGGGAGCGUGGCGGUACCCGGGGGCGUACGCAGACGCGAACUUCAACCUGGCGCACCUGAAGACGUUCAUCCGCAAGCUAGAGGAGGGCAAGUUCGACGCGUUCUUCAUGGCGGACCACCUGGCGGUGCUGAACAUGCCUGUGGAGGCGCUGAAGCGCAGCCACACGGUGACGUCGUUCGAGCCGUUCACGCUGCUGUCGGCGCUGUCGCAGGUGACGGAGCGGAUCGGGCUGGCGGCGACGGCGUCGACCACGUACGACGAGCCGUACCACAUCGCGCGGCGGUUCGCGUCGCUCGACCACCUCAGCGGCGGGCGGGCCGCGUGGAACAUCGUGACCACGGGCAACCCGGAGUCGGCCAAGAACUUCGGGCGCGACGAGCAUGUCGAGCACGCCGACCGCUACCGGCGCGCCCGCGAGUUCUACGACGUCGUCACGGGCCUGUGGGACAGCUUCGCCGACGACGCCUUCGUGCGCGACCGCGACUCCGGCGUCUUCUUCGACCCGGAGAAACUGCACGUGCUGAACCACCAGGGCCCCGACCUCAAGGUCAAGGGCCCCCUCAACAUCGCCCGCCCCGUCCAGGGCUGGCCCGUCAUCGUCCAGGCCGGCCAGUCCGAGCCCGGCCGCCAGCUGGCCGCCGAGACGGCCGAAGUCGUCUUCUGCUCGCCGCGCGACCGCGCCGCCGCCAGGGACCUGUACGCCGACAUCAAGGGCCGCGCCCGAGCUGCUGGCCGCGACCCCGACCAUCUCAAGAUCCUGCCCGCCGCCCUGGUCAUCGUCGCCGACUCGGUCGACCAGGCCAAGGCCCGCCGCCUGCAGCUCGACAGCCUGGUCCACUACGACAGCGCCAUCGCCUCGCUGUCCGUCGCCCUGGGCGCCGACGCCUCCGGCUUCGACCCGGACGGCCCGCUGCCCGUCGACGACAUCCCCGAAACCAACGCCAGCAAGACCAGCCAGCAAGGCGUCAUCAAGCUCGCCCAGGACGAGGGCCUGACCGUCCGCCAGCUCGCCCAGCGCUUCGGCGGCUACUCCGGCCUGGCCUUUGUCGGCACCCCCGAGUCCAUUGCCGACGAGAUGGCCACCUGGCUCGCUGAGGACGCUGCUGAUGGCUUCACCGUCGUCUUUCCCUUUGUGCCACAGGGCCUGGACGACGUCAUCGACCGCCUGGUCCCCGAGCUGCAGCGCCGUGGCAUCUUCCGCCGCGACUAUGAGGGCACCACCUUGCGGGAACAUCUGGGUCUUCCGCGGCCCAAGAACCAGUUCUUUGCAUGA